AUGUCUCAUUUUACCUGCAACGAAUGCGGAAUACAACUUGGUGGCCAAAGAUAUAUAGCGAAGAAUGAGCGAAUUUUAUGUAUACCAUGUUAUCAUCGUAAUUUUUCACUUGUCUGUAAUACCUGCCGUAAAGACAUUGUUGCUGAAAAACCCCAUAUUACUCAGGGUGAAACACAUUGGCAUGCAGAUGAACGCUGUUUUUGCUGUUGUGAAUGUAACAAAAAUCUCCUGGGUAAACGUUAUUCUUUCAAAGAUGGUCGCUUAUACUGUGGUACAGAAAUGUGUGCUCGACGAAAGUCUCCAAAAGUAUCGUUCAGCACAAAGGUUAGUUAUGAGUCGGACAGAAAACGAACAUUUGUGCCGCGUCCCCCAACCAGAAAUCCACCGUCUCCACCAUCUGAAAAUAUUUAUGAGACAGUUUUGCCGUCAUCAUCUAGGGAUUGCGUAGAUCUUGAAUUUCCAAGAGAUGAAAUUAUCCACGAGCGGCGGUCUCAUAGCGCUGACGUCCGACACCACAGUGACGACGAGGAUGAUUACCCCAAAGAAUGCACUCGGAAAGGGAACUUGAAAAGAAAACCACAGAACUUUUAUUCAAAGAUGCCUCCAUCACCAACACAUAGGUGGAAUAGUCAGAGAUGCAGUUCAUGCAGCUCUUCAGAAAGUGACGCUGACGACAUUUACCUAACAAAUUAUUUGGCAGCUUCACUGCCUCGCUAUGAUGUGUACCAGGCUCAAACAAAACAGAAAACCUGUCGAAAACCAAUUGUCAGCCGAGCCCGCACGGCUAAAAAUAAAUCAUCUACAAACUGUAUUGUUUCCUGA